AUUCAUUAACAUGUCUAUGCUGUUUCCCAUUACGUGUGAACAAUAAGAUAGCAGAUUUAAAGAUAAAUAGAUUCUUUCUCCAAUCUGGAUAUGUCGCAGUCCUACCAAGGAAGACGUUAAAAAAAGGAAAGGAAGAGGCCACAUUUUUCCUAUUUGGUGUCCUUUUCUGUCAGUGACAGGUUUAUGUGAGAGGCCAGUGGGGCGGGGUCAAAGAGGCUCAGUCUAGGGGAUUAUCAGUGUACCCCCUCACACACAACAAUUUAGGCUGAUUUGGACCACGGCUAAGGUUUUAAGCCCAGAGCGAAGGGGCUUUAUACAUAACAGCAUCCCGGUGGUAUUGCCAGUCGCCGUGGAACCCGGAGCAGGCUCAGCAUCAGGAGGCCUGGAUGCCACCAGGUGGGUUCAGGAAUUGAGUCUGCGGAAGAUGGACGGAGUGAGUGGAUCCAGAGGAGGUUUGAGGAGGACAGAGAGAGUGUGCUCUCGCCAGGAGAGGAAGAGAAGGAAUACGGCCAAGGUGGCGGAGGAAGGCCCGGCGGGCCCGCAGAGGUUCCCUCGCGAUUAUUCAUCAUCGACGUCCAGCGGCUCACAUGAUGGUCGCAGCUCAGCGGCUAGCAACUUGGAUGUGGCUGACCGGCUCACCUACCUGGAGCAGAGGAUGCAGAUGCAGGAGGACGAGAUCCAGUUACUGAAGAUGACCCUAGCUGACGUUCUCAAGAGGCUCAACAUCUCAGAGGAGCACCAAGCCGCCAAUGCUACCGCAUUGGGCAGGAGGACAUCAGGCACUAAAGGGAGGCCUGUCUCAUUGGGUCUACCCCCAAGAGCACCCAUGGGGUCCUCAGGUGUUGCCAACUUGAGGAAGAGCUCCACGCUACCAACUGGACCUACCUGCAGGAACUACAGCCCGACACCCCCUCGCUGUGGUGUCAAGAGCCCGGCAGGGAGUGUGAAGGACAGUCCAUGUAAGACCUCCAAAACGCGUCCGUCCUCAUCAGCGUCAUCCUGUGGAAGCACACAAGAAGGGAUCAGCAGAUCCAAGGAAGAACUUGUGAGCUUAGGCAUGAGGCGAGUGACGCACAGCAAAGUGACUAUGCAGAUCUAUCUGAGCCCCCUCGCAAGAAAGACUGGGUCUUCUGAGACCACUGCAACAUCUGCCCCCGCGGUGCCAGCAGCCGGGGGCAGUGGUGGGCCAGGGGGGACCCAGCAUGCCAAAUCCGACGCAAGGAGGAAGAGCCCGUCGUCUAUGUUGAACCUUCAGAAGACUUCCACCAAUGUCACCAGUCAGCAGAACACACAACACGAUGCUAAUAGCCACAAAAGCCCCAUCAAGUCCUCCAGCCAGUACUUUCAGAUUUGUUACUGACCAGCAAGAACCAACACCUCCAUUUUGUUUUAGCUUACUUUUUGACUUAACGUAUCCGUAAUAAGUAAUUAUCGAGAAAGUAGUAAUGGAUCUAGUUGUGAGUCUUGAGCAACACAAUUAUUCAAAAAAAAUCAUUUGACCUAAUGAAAUUAAGUGAUAUCAAACUUCUUGUUUAAAACCAUAAUUUAUAACCUAUGCCUUGUUUUAAACCCUAAAUUGAAAAAAAUAAAUAAAUACUAACCCUUGUUUAUUCACUCAAAUGUAGAGAGGGGAUGUCUACUGGGGUGAGGCCUUUAGUGAAUGAGUGAGUGUUCAUUUUUGCUGAUUGUGUCUGUUAUUUGUAGUUGUAUUUCCACAAUGUGUAUUGCAAACACAUACAGUAUGUACUAGAAUGUAAGAUUGGGUUAUGUGUAAUGAUAAUGAACCUGGUAGGUUAUGUGUAGUAAAAAAAUAAAUGAACUUGUGAUGUGA